AGUAGGUAUAAUAUCUUCUGUAUGUGCAGGUAACAACGAGAACAACACGUGUACGGUGCCCACAAGCAAGUCCCAAAACCAGUUGUCGAGUUCAGGACGACCUUACGCCGCCACGCUGCCGAGGAAGGCUGCAGGAGGUCGCAGCCCCGCGCCCGCGCCCCCGCGCCGCGACCCGCGGACUACUCUGAGUGUAGGACGCGCCAGGGCUAAGUCCAUGGUCGCUGGACUCGAAAAUGGUGGUGAAAAAGAAGAGAGCUGCGAACCAUUGAGCGUAGCUGGCAAGUCUUCAUCCGCCGAGUCUGUUCAACUGCACGGAGGAAGUAACAACGGCACGCCGUCGUCGGGCACGCCGGUGGCGCCGCGCACGGCGUCCAUCCGCCAGCGCCCCGCCUCGUCGCGCAUCACCGCCGCCGAGCUCGAGGAGCUGUUCCAGCGACAGGCCGACGCAGACACUAGCGGCGGCAACAAUGCAAUGAUGACUCGGUCGGCGUUCCAGGGCGGGUCUAAUUCCCCCCCGUACUCCCCCGCCAGGGUCCCGGGCAGGGUGUACGCUUCCGUCGCUGAGAUGAAGAGGUCCAGAGGGAAGUUCUGGAACAAGUCCGGCGGCACGUUGCGGCGCGAGUUCCACUCGACGCCCGACCUCGCCGCCGAACACAACGCGCAUCCACUCAGGACGCGCUCCAGCGAGGACGUGCACGGCGCGUCGUGCGGUCGCGUGCCGCCGCCGUCGCAGCCGCCGCCGCCGGUGCCGGGGGCUGCGGCGGGCGCGGGCGGCGCGGUGCCGUCGUCCUUCCGCCCCGCCGCCGCCGCCAAGCUGUACGCCGCGCCCGCCGACCUGCGCCCCGUCGCAUACCGACAUCCCAACGAUGACAACGCGAGCCGCAAGUCGUUGUCGCUGCGGUCGUGGUCGUCGCCGGCGCGGGCGCAGUCCGCCGACGAGCCCGCCAACCAGUACGCGCAGCCCUUCAACACGCACAAGGGCUUCGUCAGACAGAACUCAACCCCAGCACCACCGAUCCCGGAGCCGGAUUACAGCAUGUCUGAAUCCGAUGAAGAAGCAGACGCCAAGCCCAAAGUGGAGCCAGCGGCGGUAGCGGAGACCAGCGCCAACAGCAAUGCCAGCGGCAGCAGCUCCGGCUCCAGUUCCAUGCAGCACUCGUUCUCGGUGGACGAGAUCCAGAAGAUCCGCACGCGGCUGAAGUCGUCCAAGUCGUGCGGCGACGAGCUCGGCGCCGAGCGCGACGACGGCGACAACUCCUCCUCCGGCGUCUCCUCCGACCAGGAGGCGCAGGCGCGCCCGCGCCGCGACAAGGUCUCCUUCUGCAGCUCCGUCACCGUCAAGUCCUCCAACGACGUCAUCAGCACCGAGCCCGUGCACUCCUCCUCCGAGAGCCUCGCGCCCGCCCCGCCCGCCCCGCCCGCGCCGCCGCCCAUGCAGCGCCACAACUCGCUCACGCGCAAGCGCGCCACGGCGGCGCUGCUGCGCGGCGCGGUGGGGGCGCGGCGGGGGCGCGGGGCGGGCGUGCGCGGGCGCUCGGCGGCGGAGCGGCUCGGCGUGGACCCGGAGAAGGCGCCGGGGCGGCGCGGGCGCGCGGCGGCGCUGCUGGCGUCGCUGCCGCCGCCGCCGGAGGAGCCGGCCGCGGAGCCGGGCGCGGCGCCGGUGCUGGCGCCGCCGCCGCAGUUCAGCGACCGCGUGCGGGUGGUGGCGGCGCUGCCGAAGCAGCUGGCGCCCCUGCAGUAGCCGUUCUGUCCUUCACGUGUCUCUGCAGUGCACGGCGGGCGUCGUGGCGGCGCUGUGGGUGCGAGUGAGCCGGCGGCCGCUCGCGGUAGUGAGCCCGUUCAGUUGUGACCGACCGCGUUCGUUUGCGACUCGAUGUAAACAGAUGGAAAACGAGUAAAAUCAUUUUGUAAUCAAACGACUAAAUGAAACCAAAGAUUUAUAGUAUUUAUUGUUGAGGAGUUAACAUUGAUAUAGUUGAAACUAAUUUUUAUACAUUCCCUUAUUGACUAGUUAUUAAUGCGUUUCAGUGUAACACUAGUAUUGGUUUCAUUUCAUUGUUAUUUGACAUUGUACGACUUCGAGUGCAUUCAGGUGCUGGUUACGUGUUGUAAUGAACGUUACAAUAAUGUAAUGUGAAAUAAAUAUACCAUACUUUCGAAAAACAUCUUCAAAAUUAACGUAAAAAUAAGUAAUAAAUAAAACAUUGCAAUACACAGCCCUUAUAAGUCUGUACUCUGAAGUCAUCGAUAAAAAUAUAGUAUCUGUAUUUAAUAAUAAUUUGAAACUGCACAUCUCUACUCCGCCGGUAAAUAAUAUUAUAGUGACCGCAAACUAUUGAAUAUGACCCUACGUCAACCUCUAUUAUAUUGACGUACGAUAUUAUUUACUGGUGAUAAACAUUUCACAUUUUCACAACGCAACCAAGUGCCAUCGUGUCUAUGAUUUUUAAUAUAUUUUUAUAUUUAUGUGUGCGUGUAAAUAUUUCACAAGAGCUAUUUAUAUGUGGGGAGAGUGGGACGGACGCGUCGCACCGAACUUCCGGCCAACAUAUUGUGUAUUUUAAAUAUAAAUUAUUUAUCAAAUGCAUAUAUAUUGUAUAUUUAUAUUUUACGAGAUUUAACUCGUGCUGUGUUCAAAAUAAUGUAAUUAUUUUUGAAUUAAUUUGCUUCGUCCAAAAUCGUACAGCCGGCCCACUCUUUUGACAACGCAUAAAUUAAUAAUUUGGAUAUUCUAUCGUGCAAUACAAUGCCGAUUGCACUACAAUUUUUAUCUGCAUUAUCUAUUGUACUAUGUUAGGCCUGUAAACCCUUAUAUCGAUUGAAGUUUCUCGCUAUAUUUAAUUACGAAUCGACACUGUAUUGCAUAUAGAUAUCCAAUAUGGCUGCCGUCGCACUACAUUAACGGCCCACCAUUCAAACAUUACCCCAUAACACCAUAUAAAUAAGUAUAAAGGCCUAAAAGCAGCAGUUUUAUGAUUCCGGUGGGUCGCAGUCAGUGCGACGUCGGCGAGGGCUAUGAAGCCCAUUAUCGCGUGUUCUCAUACAAGACUAGCGCUUGUCACAUCAACUCAUUAGUAUUUCGUCCGUUGUAAAGUUUUAUACUAAUCGAAGGCAUCCGUGCGUCUAGGAUAUACUUAGAUAUAAACGCAAAUUAAUGCAACACCAUUAUCGAAUUUUUUACUUUUUAAACUUCGAUUUUGUACGUUUCAGUGCGGCCAGUUCGACUUAUUCAAUAUUGAAAAAAAAUAUAUAUAAAAUUUGAAUAUCGAAUGUUAAUUAGCUAGAAAAUUUUAAAGUAAAAUGUAUUUUCCCCACAACAAUACAGAUGCUUAAUUGCAUAAGCAAAUUAUUUAAAACAUAUUUGACAUUACUACGCCCGAUUCAAUAUGUCGAAUAGUUUUUAUCUAUUUUUACUAAAAAAUAGUUGUAAAAAAUAUUUUACAUGAACGGCACAGUGAAGUUAGCACAUCUUGAAAUUUUUUAUGUAAAAUAUUGAUCAGUGCGAAUUGGCUGUACAAUGUAGAAUGCUGCGUAGUUUUAACUGUCGACGCAGCGUCACUUGUAAAAUAAUAUUUAAAUUAUCUAAAAAAUAAUCUCUGCGUGCGGUUUAUUCUUGCCGUGUAAAACGAUUUUAUAAAAAUAUUUAAAAUUUAAAAAUUUUUAAUUCGACGUCACAGGCAACACGAACACACUGAGCCUUAAACCACUAUCGAUAAAGUUUUAUUUACGCAUAUAACUUUAAUUUCACGAAAAGUAUAUAAGUAUAAUCGUAUUUUAUCAGAUUAAUAAAAAGAGUUUUUGUGCGUAAUUUUAGCUAAAUUCUAGCGAAUUAUAGAGUCGAUAAUAGCGGCUAGCCUUGACGUAUUAUUAUUAGCACAAUCAGUUAAUAAUUUCUAUAUUCAAAAUGUAUUAUUUUGUUAUAAUCGUCUUGUCAUUAUUUUAAGUUGUAUAAAAGUGUAUUUGUCUACUUAAGGCAUAGCUAGGUAGUGGUAAUUAUUAGAGGGUAAUUGAUCGUAGUAUCGACAAUGGAGCGUCAGAGUUGGAGUAGUGUCGAGUGUCGACUGCCGCUCACUUCGCUCUGCCUGUGACGUCCAAAGAGUGUGGAGCCAGCGCGACAGGCGGACGCGAGGGAGCGACUGACCGACGCCAUACUCUACAAUUUUGUAUAAUAACAUUUGUGUUUUGCGUUUCAUUUGGAAUCUCAGUAUCGAACGUGUAACUACAACUUGGUAUACUUUCAAAUGAAAAAUUAAAUGUUUCAUCACUUAA